CUGCCGCUGCUGGUGACGGUGCUGCCGGAGCAAUGGGACCUGCCCUCCUACAUCACCAUCAUCAUCCAGAUGGCCAACGUGGGGCCGCUUUUCAUCACCCUCAUGCACCGCUUUCGGCCCGGCUUGCUGAAUGAGGUGGCCAUUAUCUACAUGGUCGUGUCUGUGGGUGUCGUGGCCUGCUUGCUUUUGGCCUUCUUCUGGAACUACACGUCCUCCAUCGCUGGGAGGCCCCACAGCACCGCCUUCCUGCUCCUCACCUUCUUCCUGGCCCUGGUGGACUGCACCUCCUCCGUCACCUUCCUGCCCUUCAUGAUGCAGCUGCAGCCCCAAUACCUGACCACCUUCUUCAUAGGCGAAGGGCUCAGCGGGCUGAUCCCCGCUCUCAUCGCCCUGGGCCAGGGCUCUGGCAUCUCCAGCUGUGCCAAUGUUACCCACGUGGUCAACAUCACCACCGGCAACAAGACCGUGGAGAGCACUGUCUUCCAGCUGGAGACCCGCUACCUCCCAGCCAAUUUCUCCACCUUCUUCUUCUUCCUCCUCAUGACUGUAAUGAUGCUGGCCUGCUUGCUGGCCUUCUUCUUCCUCGCCAGGCAGCCCAAGGUGUGGGAGCUCUCCCAGCAGCAGCUGUUUCCCAGCAGCAUCAUGCUGAGCUCAUUUGACCAGAUCCCCAACGAGGAAGCUGGCUCGCGGCUGAGCAGGGGCUGCCCGUGCCCAAAGGAUGCCAAGGGGCCUGGGGACAUCCUGCCGGAGAAGGUGUCCUGCCCCCUGGCCAAGCUCACCUUCAUCUACCUCCUCAUCACUUGGGUGAGCGCUCUGACGAACGGGGUCCUGCCGUCCGUGCAGUCCUACUCCUGCCUGCCCUACGGCAACACCGCCUACCACCUCGCGGCCACGCUCAGCUCCAUGGCCAACCCCCUCGCCUGCAUCGUGGCCAUGGUCCUGCCCAGCAGGUGGGUAGCAGGGCACAGGGGGCUGCGGCGGG